UGAUGUGUAGUAUGCUAGUAUAAAGACGAAGAGGAAUCGAAGUUGGGCUCCCAUUGUUUCCGCGUCCCAAGCCCUAGAAAUCUUGGGUUCGCCCCCACGACGAUCUCAACACGAUCUAGGGUUUCACUAUCUUCAGCUUCUCCGCUGCGUCGAUCGGUGUCUAGUUCUCUAAUUUGAGCUCGAUCGGUGUCUAGUUCUCUAAUUAGAGCUCCUGAUCGAGGGAUUUGAGGGUUCUGGGAAUUGGUUGAUCCAGUGGGAUGCGUGGGAGAUGGCGCUCAAGGCCCCGCCGCUGAGAGCUGCUGAGGUUGCGAUCGGAUCGAUCGGGAUAGGGUACGAUCUCACGGCCGACAUCCGGCUCAAGUUUUGCGAUCGGAGCUCUUCGCCGGAGGAGGAUCCGUGCUUGAUCGAGCUCGAUCGGAGUGAGCUCCAUGAGAUCGUUCUCCCCGGAGGGUUGAGUGUUCCGAAUGUGCCCAAAUCGAUAAAGUGUGAUAAGGGGGAGAGGAUGCGGUUUAGGUCGGAUGUUUUAUCAUUUCAGCAGAUGUCAGAGCAAUUUAACCAGGAAAUUUCUUUGUCCGGCAAAAUUCCUUGUGGUCUCUUCAACCAUAUGUUUGACUUUUCUGGUUGUUGGCAAAAAGAUGCAGCUAGCACCAAAACUCUCGCAUUUGAUGGAUGGUUCAUUACCUUAUACACUGUUGCACUCUCAAAAGCUCAGAUUGUACUUAGAGAUCAUGUCAAGCAAGCUGUUCCAUCAACAUGGGAUCCUGCUGCCUUGGCAAGGUUCAUCGAAAAAUUUGGUACACAUAUCAUUGUCGGUGUGAAGAUGGGAGGAAAGGAUGUAAUUUACGUGAGACAGCAACACUCCUCGACCCUCCCGCCCGUCAAAGUUCAGGAAACGUUAAAGGAGUUGGCAGACAGGAGAUUUCUCGAUGUAAAUGGACAAUACGACAUUACUUACAAAGAUCCUUGCGGAAAGGAUAAGUUUGAUUUCAGAGAGCAAAAGCUGAGGUUUGUUGCUUCCAACUCAUCGAGCUCUUACACUUCAAAGGAGGAUUUAAUGAUAAUAUUCAAAAGGAGAGGUGGGAAAGAUAGUAAUGAUAUAUCCCAUAACGAGUGGUUGAGCACUGUGCCUUCUGAACCCGAUGUUAUCUCAAUGUCUUUUUUGCCGAUUACUUCUCUCAUGAAUGGGGUUCCUGGUAGUGGAUUCUUAAACCACGCAAUCAACCUAUAUCUACGUUACAAGCCACAGAUCGGAGAACUUCAUCAAUUUUUGGAGUUUCAGUUGCCGAGACAAUGGGCGCCUGUCUAUGGCGACUUACCCCUUGGUCCUCAUCAGAGGCGGCAGAGCAGUGCGGCUCUACAAAUCUCCUUCAUGGGUCCAAAGCUUUAUGUUAAUACCAGUUUAGUUGAUGUAGGCAAGAGGCCCGUUACCGGCCUCCGCCUAUACCUCGAAGGCAAAAGGAGCAACCGGCUCGCGAUCCACCUCCAACACCUCUCCUCUCUCCCUCAAAUGUUCCAACUCCAAGACCACCCCAACAGCCAAAACCCGAACGAACCCUUCGACCGAAAGUACUUCGAACCUAUCCAGUGGAAGCACUUCUCCCACGUCUGCACGGGCCCUGUCGAAUCCGAUGACAACUUAGCCAUCGUAACCGGCGCCCAGCUGCACGUCGCCCACCACGGCUUCAAGAAAGUGCUUUUCCUCCGCCUCUUCUUCUCAACAGUUCUAAACGCCGCUUCCGCCAAGAGUCCUGAAUGGGAUGGCUCGCCGAACCUGUUCCAGAAGUCGGGGCUUAUUUCGACAUUGAUCAGCACACAUUUCUCUAUGGCUGCACAAAAACCGCCCCCUCGGCCCACAGAUGUGAAUAUCAACUCGGCAGUUUAUCCAGGGGGCCCGCCGGCCCCCGUGCAGGCGCCGAAGCUGCUUAGGUUCAUCGAUACGACAGAGAUGGCGCGAGGCCCGCAGGACCUGCCAGGUUAUUGGGUGGUCUCAGGGGCGAAGCUGCAUCUAGAGAGGGGUAAGAUCUCUUUACGUGUUAAGUACUCGCUCUUGACGGCUAUACUCCCCGACGACGACUAUUUGUCGGUGGAGGAUGCAUAAGAGGGUUGGAUAUUGUAUUACUGUAAUAUAGCAUCUCCUGUCUAUUGUGAUCUCCCUGUUCUUGAAGAACAUCAAGGUAGAAUCAUAGCCUUGUAGUAUUACUGCAAUCUUCUUUUUACGGUGUACGAUCAGGCUUUAUUCUUGCAGUGUGUAGUGUUGUUUGCUAAUGUGCCUAGUUUUCCGAAAGUUACUGCUAGCAUUGUUGGAAAGAAUGUAUUAUUUUUUCGAUAAUUAAUUCAAUUGUGUGAGAAAUAAUUGCCUCCA